CAGCACCGCGCAAGCAAGCAAGCACUGCUCCAUUGCCAGCCACACACCUCGAUCAAGUCUCCGCUGGUAGUGGUAGUGCUGAGCCAGGCAGCAGUAGCUGCAGCAGCGAUGGCGAGAGCGCUGGUGCCGGCGGCCAUGGUGGCCGCGCUGCUGCUGCUGCUGGCCGCCGCGGCCCCGGCUCCGGCGGCCGCGGUGGACUUCGGCGCGGAGGACCUGGCGUCGGAGGAGGCGCUGUGGGCGCUGUACGAGCGCUGGCGCGGCGUGCACGCGGUGGCGCGCGACCUGGGCGACAAGUCCCGCCGCUUCAACGUCUUCAAGGAGAACGUGCGCCUCAUCCACGACUUCAACCAGCGGGACGAGCCCUACAAGCUCCGCCUCAACCGCUUCGGCGACAUGACCGCCGACGAGUUCCGCCGCCACUACGCGGGAUCCAGGGUCGCGCACCACCGCAUGUUCCGCGGCGACCGCACCGGCGCCGGGUCCUUCAGGUACGCCGCCGCGCGCGACCUCCCGGCCUCCGUCGACUGGCGCCAGAAGGGCGCCGUCACCGACGUCAAGGACCAGGGCCAGUGCGGGAGCUGCUGGGCGUUCUCGACGAUCGCCGCCGUGGAGGGCAUCAACGCGAUCAUGACCAAGAACCUGACGUCGCUGUCGGAGCAGCAGCUGGUGGACUGCGACACCAAGGCCAACGCCGGCUGCAACGGCGGGCUCAUGGACUACGCGUUCCAGUACAUCGCCAAGCACGGCGGGGUGGCCGCCGAGGACGCGUACCCGUACCGGGCCCGGCAGGCCGCCUGCAAGAAGGCCGCCGCCGCCCCGGCCGUGAGCAUCGACGGGUACGAGGACGUGCCGGCCAACGACGAGGCGGCGCUGCGGAAGGCGGUGGCGCACCAGCCGGUGUCGGUGGCCAUCGAGGCCAGCGGGUCGCACUUCCAGUUCUACUCGGAGGGCGUGUUCGCGGGGCGGUGCGGGACGGAGCUGGACCACGGCGUGGCGGCGGUCGGGUACGGGGUCGCCGCCGACGGGACCAAGUACUGGGUGGUCAAGAACUCGUGGGGCCCCGAGUGGGGGGAGAAGGGGUACAUCCGCAUGGCGCGCGACGUGGCCGCCAAGGAGGGUCUCUGCGGCAUCGCCAUGGAGGCGUCUUACCCCGUCAAGACCUCGCCCAACCCCGUCAAGCCCCGCGCCGCCGCCGCCGGCGACGAGGACCUCCACGACGAGCUCUGAAGUUGCUCGUCAUGCAUCUGAUCGAUCGAUGGGUCGACUGAAUAAGCAGCACUACUUAACUUACCUACUCUAUCUAGUUAUUGAUCGAUGUAUGCAAGGACUGAAGGACAGACACAUCACACCACUAUGCAACCCCGUGCAUGCAUGUAAUACGUUCGAGAGGCGAUCUACCAGAGUUUACAUUAUCCAGUAUGCAACUCAUUAAGACUUUGAAACAUCAACACUGCUAUCACUACAAA